AUGAGUGAUAAAUGGAUCAAUUUUGGAUUUGAACCCGACCCAUUGGUACCAUAUGUCGAACCAGGUCGUAGCCAACUUGAUGAAGUGCGUGUUACGGCUAUGAUGGCAAUGGGCUUCCGGCGUGAGGAACUUGAGUCUUCGGUUGUGUUGCCUGAGUUCGACCAUAUAUAUGCCACCUACAAUCUUCUCCCUGCUGCUCCGUCUGAGUUUGCAGAGUAA